AUGGCAAAAGCUUCUGAUUGGUGCUGUGCGCCUCGAGCGGACGGGGUGGGGAGCUUGAUGUGCGAAACAUGCGAGGUCGGCAGCAGCAACGGCAGCAGCAGCAGCUCAGACCGGCAAAUCCGAAAGUGUCGCUUCUCCCGCUUCGUCCCUGUCUUGUCUGAGCUCAGGGUCCUGCACCGAUUUAUUCGCCGACGACGACAUUGUUAG